AUUGUUGCUUUACCUGUUGUGCAUUUCGCGCCCGCUAAGUUAUAGGUACCUAGGGUACCUAAGUAGGUAUUUAUUAGGGGUCUAAAGCGGGCAAUGAGAGCCGUCUUACAGGGCUCGCAGCAGGAAUGGAGUGCGAAAGGCACCUGAACGUUCAGUGUCCCUUCAUGCGCUAAGAAGCUGUUCUCUGUAGAUAGCACUUUAGGCGCUGUAGUAGGUCACAUUCAAUGGCAACAGAUGACGCAAUUUCACCGAAGUAUUGCUCAUCUCUCCAACUUCGAUAUAGACUUUAACUUUAUGAGGAUGUACAAUUCAAGAAUAAGGAAGAAGUCAUUUAGAAUAAUGAAAUAAUCUUCUGAAUUUGAGAAAACGAUGACAACCACGGUAACUUACGUCACGCCGAAGGCAGUCGCUCCCCCGGGGCAGCCCGACAUAUCUUACGCUCCGGACUACGAAAAAUGGCAGGCGCGAGCGGCACGGCGACUUAAAGAGGGGAAUCUUCCGACCACGCUCCCGGAAGGUUUCCCGGCGCAAUUGAAUGGAGAUCUAGUGUGGGAAGGCGCGAAUGUAGCAGAUACAUAUGAUUGGACCUAUGUCCUUAAUGAAGAGCAGUUGAAUGAGAUAGACCAAGCCGUAAGCCAUUUCAAAGGCUUGGGUUUGUCCCUAGGCCACAUUACUGCUGAGACAUUCCCACUCCCUAAUCUUCACGGAGAGUUGCGCCGGCUGUCGUCAGAAUUACACAACGGGCAUGGAUUCUUCGUAAUUCGGGGCCUUCGUGUCGACGAUCACUCCCGUGAGGAGAACGUUAUCAUAUACGCAGGAAUCUCCGCGCACAUCGCCGGGCAGCGCGGUCGGCAAGACCAUAAGUUCAACGGUCAGCCAGCCGAUGUGGUUCUUAGCCAUAUCAAGGACCUCACCUGGUCGCAGAAUAACGGCUCUAUCGGUAGCCCUGCGUACACUACUGAUAAGCAGGUCUUCCAUACAGAUUCCGGCGAUAUUGUGUCGUUGUUUGCGCUUGAGACGUCGGCGGCAGGAGGUGCUAGUAAAUUGGCUAGUACAUGGCGGGUAUACAAUGAAAUUGCUGCCACACGACCGGAUCUUGUCCAUACCCUUUCUCAGCCAUGGGAUAUGGAAGUGUUCGAGAAAGCUGAAAAGCAAUACACCGAAAGGCCGCUUCUAUUCCAUUUCCCAGCAACAGAGUCCACCCCUGAGAGGGUGUCCCUACAAUACGGCAGGCGAUACUUCGUUGGCUUCGGGGCUCUUCCGCGGAGUCCCAACAUUCCACCUAUCACUGAAGCUCAGGCCGAGGCUCUCGAUACCAUCCAUUUUCUAGGGGAAAAAUUCUGUGUGAAUACCGACUUCCAAAAAGGAGAUAUGCAGUAUAUCAAUAACCUCGCUAUCUUCCACGCAAGGGAUGGCUUUACUGACACACCUGAGAAACGCCGACAUCUCCUGCGUCUAUGGCUGCGCGACCCAGAGAAUGCCUGGCCGACCCCUAAAGUAUUAGGAUAUCGCUGGGCGCAACUUUACGAAGGUGUCACGCUAGAGGGCGAGGUAUUUCCACUUGAACCAUUUAUUCGCAGUGCUGGAAACAAGGGGAGAUAAGACAGAUAUUUGCGCUAUAUCUAUGUCUAUUUCGAGACAAUCAAAGGGAUAUAAGAUGGGCUCCAUCGCUAUGUUGGGGGGGGGGGGGGAUGCC